UUUGACUCUGAAUUUUGCUUUAUUCCGGGAGGAAAAGCACUUUUCCACUCUCUAUUCAACCUGCGAGUGUCUAUAUACAUAUUUUAUUCACCCGUGCAUUUAAAUGAUUUGAUUGUGAAAAUACGUCUUUGGUGUGGUGUCAGCCUGGUGGCGCGGGCGCGGAUGACGGGCGCAUUUUUUUUGAAAAUGCGUCGGCCCCUUGUCAGUGGCAAGGUUUAACAAUUACGAGUUUUCUAGUCCUUCUUUGGAGUAAUUUUUGUGACCUAGAAUGUCUGUGGACACUCUGACGACGUGCGCUACAGUGCAGCGGAAAUGUCGCUCGAGAGGAAAAGUGAAAAGGAGCAAUGUCAAGAAGGACUUAACCUGCCGCACAGAGUUGGCAGAUGUCAAGACUCCAGAAGUCCACAUCCAGGAAGAUCUUGGCUUCAACUUGCUGGAUGUCUGUGACAUACCACAAGAUAUGCUGUUUCCGGGAGAGUUUAAUGUCUACCUGCAGGACAAACUGAAGAGUCUGUGCGAUGAAAACAGACAGUUGUCCCUCUUGGUGAAAAGUCGAGAGGAGGAAGUAGUUGAAUUAAAAGACCAGCUUCUAAAAAAGGAGUUGCUACCGCUUGAUGCAAGUUUGCAACACUCAUUGUCUCAUAAUCUCGAUUCAAUUCGUCAUGCUGACAUGGCAGCAUGCCGAGUCAUGGAACUUUCGAGGCAGGUGUGUGAGCUGACUGCUCAAUUAGAGGAGCAAAAAGGUCGAUGCCUUCUUGCAGAAAAUAAUCUUCUGUCCUUGAUGGAAUCUCAAGAAAACCCACCAACAGUCCCUUCAGAGAUUUUGGCCAGGAAGGAGGCAGAGAUUAAAUCAGUAUCUGAUAAGCUCCAUUCUACAAAUUCAAAACUUUUUGAAUGUCGGAACAAACUGCAACAUCUUCAGCAAGAACUGAAAAAUGCGCACAAAGUUUUAAUAUGUGAAGUUGGGGAAGGAGUUUCCAUACCAGAUCUUCUUUUAUCCGGGGGAACUGCUGGAAGUUGGAGAGGAAGGGCACAACAAAUCCAAGUGCUUCAGCAAAGGGUGAUGGAACUUUCUGAGCGCCUGAGAAAGUACUGUGAUUAUCGCAUUUCAGAUAAUAAUCCCAGUUCAUGUGGAGAAGGGAGAUGCUCCACCAAAGAAAGAAAAGCAUCUUUGGAAAAUGCGCUGCAGGAGGCAAGUCAUUUCAAGCAGCAACUUAAUGAGUACAUUCGGAAAUUUGAUGCAGCAAAGGCUCGCAUCAGAGUCUUAGAGUCAGAAAACAGCUCUUUCAAAGCCCAUAUUCAAACACUCACUGAUAAAGGUGCUAGAAAUGAUGACUUUAUUCAAAUCCUUCAGGGCCAAAUUACCCAACUGGAAGGGCGUUUUCAAACGUGCAAGGAGGAGGCUCGGUCUGAACUGAAAAAGUCAGACAGGUUCUUUGAACAGCUGCAAGAUGAUCUAAAAAUUGAAAAGCAGAGGAGCGUGCAGCUGUUAUCGAAUCUAGAGGAUAAGGAGAAACAACUGAAACGAUUGGAAGACAUUUUAUUUGACUUGAAGGAAAGGGAAAUCAGUGCCUCAAAAAUGAAAGAGGAAACAAUUCAGACAGUGGAAUUACCAGCCAUAAAUUUAUGUUCUGUCUCUGAGGAAAAACAGAAUAUUGAAAACCAGAAAGUACAGGUCUCAGAACAAGAACAUAAGAAGCUUUUAGAGUUGAUUGGAUCCCUAAACAGGCGGCUGAAUGAUGCUCGUCAUGAUAGUGACAAACACAAGAGUGCAUUGCGCCUUGAGCGUCAAAGAGUUGCCAGGCUUGAAGCCAAACUUGCACGACAAGAACAAGAGAAAAUGUCCAUACCAAGGCGUCAAGUAUCUCCCAAGAAGGUGACAGCGUCACCAGCGGAAGAUGGUACAUCUAAAGAGGAGAUGGAAGAUAGGCUUGAAAUCCUUCAAGAAGAGGUACUAACUUUAAAAACCCGCAUAUCGUGUCUGGAGCAAGAGAAAGAGGAUGAUUUGCGCGCAUUCUCUUCCAUCCUCAAUGGGGCUUCCCCCCAGACCCUGUCAAAGCGCAGAACAGGAUCAUACACUUUGCCAACCAACGAGCCUGCCAAGCCUAAAUCAUGACUUUACAGCUCACAUAAUUUUCUUUCGAAAUUCAGUACCUUCAAAAUGCAGGAAAUAAAAUGAUGAGAAAUUUUUGCAUGAAA